AUGACCGAUAAUAUCAGCAAAUUCUUAAAUGAAACCACAAGUAUUGAACAAAAAAUUACCAAUGUUAGAUCAAAUAUUACAAAAAUUGAAGAAUUUCAAUCACAAAUAUUAGUUAGUACAUCAACAACGCAUGAAGAUUCUACAAAUAAAGAACGUGAGGCUUUUGUUGAGAGCACGAGAAAUUUACUCAUAGAAUGUAAAGAUCGUAUUAAAAAAAUUCAAUAUGAAAAUGCUCGUAUCCCUUCAACAGAUCCCAAUUUUGGUUUAAGGCAACAAAGAUAUGAAUAUUUAAGAACAAAAUUAUCUAAUGUAUUAGAAGAUUAUCGUCUUGCUGAAAAUACUUUCAUGAAACAAACCAAAGAUCGUAUGGAAAGACAAUAUAAAGUUGUAAAUCCAAAUGCAUCUCAACAAGAAAUCGAUGAUUACGUAUCAAACCCUAAUUCUCAACCUAUAUUUCAACAAGCUUUAUUAAGAACGAAUGAAGCACAAAAUGCUCUAGCUGAGGUGCAAAAACGUCAUGAAGAUAUUAAAAGCAUUGAAAAUACCAUCGCUGAACUUGUUGCUUUGUUUCAAGAAUUACAUCUUCAAGUUGAAGAACAAGAUCAAACUAUUGUUAAUAUUGAAGCGAAUACGGAAGUAACCGUUGAAAAAACCGAGCAAGCUGCCAAUGAAAUUGGUACUGCAACUAAACUUGCACAAGCUGCCAGAAAGAAGAAAUGGAUUUGUCUUGGAAUCGCUAUUUUAAUAAUUCUCGUCAUUGUUGUUGUGGUGAUAACUCAAUUACCAAAAGGUAGUAUUAGUAGUUCCAGCACAAACACUGUAACCGCAACAACUACUGUUACUCCAACCGCUCUUCCCAAUAAUCCUUCUCCUGUAAUAACUCCUCAACCAACUCUUCAACCUCAAUAG